UUCAUUACUGGCAAUGGCACCACCUUUUCACUACUGGUAACCUUUAGCUACCCAUCUCUUUCGAAGUUCUCUCUCCAACUGUGCUGGGAGUGCGGAUACAAUGUCUGGAGUGUGGGUAUUUGACAAGAAAGGUGUGGCUCGCUUGAUAACCAAUCCAACCAAAGAAUCCUUCGAGCAAAAAGACCCAAUUUAUCCUGGCACAUCCACCGCACCAGGGGCUCGACCCCGGGUCCUAGUCUACCUUCCGACCAACCAAGUCAUCAGCUCCUACGCCGAACUCGAGCAGUGUCUGGCUGAGCUUGGCUGGACUCGCUACAACAACAUCAGCCAGCCCGACCUUCUCCAAUUCCACAAAUCCGACGCCUCAGCUCAUCUCAUUUCUCUCCCGAGAAAUUUCGCCAACCUCAGGCCCAUGCAUAUGUACGACAUUGUCGUUAAGAACCGGUCUUUCUUUGAAGUACGUGACCCUCAGUGACAUUACAUUGCGCUUGAUUCACGAAAUCAAACACACUAUACAGAAACAUACUUUUCAACCGGUCCAUAGCCUUAACGAAGUGGGUUGUCUAGCGAAAUGGUGCACGUUAGAGAUUCCUGGUUACAUUUUAGUAGUAAAAAAGAAAUAGAGGAUGUUGUUUCUUUGUAGACUGUUUUAGUUUGCUAAAUCCUGUGCCAUGUGCCUCAAGUAUAUAUAUCUCUAACUAAUAGGUUUGAUUCCAAUGAGACGAGAGAUAUCUAUCUUUCUUUUCGGUUAGAACUUUGAACAAAAGGUUUUUCAUGUUGAAUGGUUUUACCGAAUUGAUGGUUCUAGUUUUGCGUUA